AUGGGCGCUACUUGUUCGGUCAUGAAUGACCUCCCUGGCGGUCCAGUGGUAUGGUGCAAGUACGUACCUUUUAUGGGCGAGAUCGAUCUCGUGAGCACCUGGAUGGGAGGUAACAACAUGGCUGGCAAGUUUGUUCAAACCCGGUCCACCUUCACUGGAGAAGGACAUCCUGAGAUGAUUGUGGGUAAUUUUCAGGGCCACACAGCGAUAGUCAAAUAUACGCAACAACAACCUAUAUUCCCCAUCCUCAUUGAAAUUGACGGUUUCAAUACUUGGCAGGAGGCAAAGUCCUUUUUCGACCGAGAAGUUGGCAAUCAACUGUCUGAUCAUGGUUUGAAUGAAUGCGACCCGGGCAACGAGUACAAAAGUAUGAAAGGCGGCCUCAGCCUACCGCGGUCUUUCUUUGGCAUGCAACUGUAUAUUGGUCAGGUAUCGGGCAAGAAUUGGGUAGUGAAACUGAUUCCCGGUCAUACGCCGGUCAACAAUGGCGCCACAGCUGACUCAAAUAGAGGUUACAGCAUGGCGUGGGACGUCCGAUGGGGCGACAACUACUAG